GAACAGGUUUCAUUAUUUAUUUUUUUGACUGAGCUCAAAGAUAAAGCAAUGUUUUUACUUAAAUCAGCGCCAGCAUUGAUUUUAUUAAUGUUUAUUAUCGGAAUAAGCUGUAGAGAACUGUGUUCAAAAAAUAAUAUACAUGCCUUAAUUUUAGCAAGAGGAGGUAGCAAGGGAAUACAACUAAAAAACUUGGCCGAAGUUGGAGGAAUUUCAUUACUGGCCAGGACAAUUAAAACAAUUCAAAAUUCUGCCUGUUUUGAACACAUAUGGGUUUCCACAGAUGACAAAAGAAUUGCCUUGGAAGCACAAAAAUAUGGAGCAAUUAUACACGAUCGGCCAGAAAAAUUCGCCAAAGAUAAUACCCCAUCAAUAGAUGCAAUAAAAGAGUUUCUGGAAGUACAUGCUACGGUUAAAGAUUUUGCUCUUUUUCAAUGUACCUCGGUGUUUUUAAAACCCACAUACAUCCAAGAGGCUGUACAAAAAUUUAAGACACAUGACUGUGUAUUUGCAGCUAAAAGAUCACAUUAUUUAAGAUGGAAGGAAGUAAAUGAUUCCUUGGUUCCUGUCGAUUUUAAUUUAGAGUCUAGGCCUAGACGUCAAGACUGGAAGGGAGAUAUUGUGGAAACAGGAAUGUUUUAUUUUUCGAAAAGGAAGCUGGUUGAUAAGGGACUUUUGCAGAACAAUAGAUGCUCUAUUGUGGAAAUUAAUUCCGAAGAUGGCCUGGAAAUUGAUUCAAGCCAUGAUCUUUCGUUGGCCAAGUAUAUUUUAAGUAGUAGAACCAAAACUGAUUUAUAA